UAAACAUUUUUCAGUCGUCAUUCUCAGAUUUAGUAGGGGUUAAGUUUAAAACUUGUUUACUCACACUAUUAUGCAGUGCACUGUGAAAUGGCGAAUUUACUGACCAUUUCACCUUUUUCGUGCUUCUCUGAUGAAGUUUUAUGUCUGAUUUUUGAGUUCAUUACCUCCACAUACGAUUUGAAAAAUAUUAUGUUAGCAUGCCGAAGGUUCCAUAACUUAAUAAGAAAACGCAACAAGUUGUGGAAGUUAAGGCUCAAUGUCGAAAAAGAAGUUCUAGAUACUUUGGUAAGUAUCUCCUCAUUAAGUUUCCCAAAUGGCAAACCACCUCUAAAAGUGAUGGACAACUUCAUUGUUGGUAAACAUCCCCUUGAAUUAUUUGAAGAUGAGAUUUCAAAGCAUUUAUUUCACCCCCAAUCAAAGGAAAAUUUGACUUUCAAAUUUUAUGCAGAGAAACUACUGGAACAUACACGAAUACACAUUGCAAAGAGAAUGUGGAAACAAGUAGAUUCUCUGUUGCAUGGAGCCGUACUUAUCUCUCAGUGGGGUUUAAUGGAAGAGCAAUAUCUAAUUAGUUAUGAUGAUGUUGUUCAAGUCCUAGAAAACAUCACUGAUCGAGUCAGACAGAUUAUUGCUGAAGAGAGCCUAAACCCUGAUACAAGUACUGACAAGAACAAAACAGCAAUGGAGAUGUUGAAUGUCAUAAACCAAGUGUUAUACAAAGAGCUGGGUUUACAGAAGUAUGUCCUCCAUAAAAAUUCUGUAAAUUUUGCAACUGUUAUGUUUUGCAUUGAAAAGGUUCUUGAGAUGAGAGUGGGAGUACCACUCAUCCUGGCCAUCAUCUACUAUGAGGUGGCAAAGAGAAUGGGAAUUCUGUGCGAACUUGUUUACUCCCCUAAAAUAUUCCGCUCGUUUAAGGAAUUUUCGUCCACUCCUCAUUCAUUUCUUCUCAGAUGGAAUGAGUUUUCUGAAGAUGACGAUCUAAAUUGCACUUACUACUACAACGAUCCUUGUAAUGGGGGUGCUUCACAUCGACCGCCUGGAAAUUACUCGACCGUUCCAGUGAAAAACGUUUGCAUGGGUUUGGUGGAGAAUUUGCUAUCAGUUAAUGUUCUGGAUUGGCAAAAUCAACUCCAUUUUUAUCGAUUGGCUUGCAUAAUUGAUCCCAAUCAGGCUAGCUUAGUCCAAAAAUACGCCAAAUUAAGCAAACUUCACGGUGAACAACUGGAAGAGGCAAUUCAGCUUCUCAAGAAAGUUGACGGGUUUAUGAAUAAUCAAGCUAUUCAGUCAUUAAUAAGAGAUUGCAGCGCAAAGUUAAACAAGGCUCAAGCCCAGAACGCCAAGGAAAAGGAAAAUAUCAAACGGAGAUUUCCGCUAGUUAAAUAUGCUGUCGGACUAAUCAUGAUGCACAAAAAAAUAAACGUGAAUGGGCUACAAAUGGAUCGGUUGGUCGUUAUUCACGCGUGGUACUACCGUCCUCGUCAACCAGUCAUCUACAAUGUCUUGUUUAACAAUGGAAACAUUUGCGAUGUUAAAGAAGGCGAAUUGGAACUUCAUCCUGCUCCUGCUGCCAUCAAACAUCCGGAAAUUGGCAAAUACUUUGAACGUUUCGACGGCCGAAGGUACAUCCCGAACGCCGAAAUGAAAGUACAAUAUCCAGAGGACGAUUCUGUUGCUCUAUCUUUGCUUCAGAAAGGGGACGAAAGUACCAAUCAAGUCGAAGCUGCAGUCCAUUAUCUCAUAUGGUUGUCAUAUGUCAUGUCAUACUGUAUGUUGUCGUCAAGGCAGUAUGCAGUAUUAUCCAAACGAAAAACCGACUUCUUCAUAUGCAAGUUAAAAUUAGGUAAGUCAUUCCUUCAAUCACCUUUCUUUAGUGUGGGUUGAAUUAUUGGACUUGAGGCUAGACAGCUGCUAGACGGGCAAAGGGUACGUCAAUUGCAUUUAACGCGGAUGCGCACGACUUUUUUUUAGACAAAGCUAUCGGGUAAAGGAAGCCAUACUAUUCUGUACAGUACCUUUGAAAUUUUAAGUAAUAGGUUUUUCAACAGAAACCACCAAGUAAAAAUUAUUGAAAUAGGAAACAACAUGGUUUCGCAACUUUAGCGCGCCAAUAACUGAAGUAAUGAUAGGCGUCACUCUCGUUAGUGUACAGGCGUAAGACAAGUGUACAUGUUACCAUGUCUGCAUAACUAAUUUACCUUGCUUUGCUAAAUUCCCAGUUCACUGAUUGCGUAAAGCCAAGAAUCAAUAUUAACCAGCUGACGGGAUUUACGACUAGCUUUUCUUUUGAGUUCCCUUUCGUAAUUUAAGAUUUUCGAUUUUUGAGGCCAUAUCUACAGGAAAAUUUGAGAAACGACACCUAUCCAAAUCUAAGUCCUCUGUUUUUAAUAUUCCCCGUGUGUUGAUGUAAAGCGAAACAAAGUUAUGAAAGGAAAAACAAAUGAUGUCGUGGAUGUGCAUCCAACUGUGAGGAAUGGCUGAUUGAAAGACAGUUAUCGGGAUGCAUAAGAAAGUACUUAUUCACAGAACCUUAUAUUUAUUAACUUAAAAACAGUUGGAGUGGACCGCUGACACAUAGACGUGUCUCGUUCCAAGUUAGAUGGAUAGCGCGUCUUAGUUUAUAUUUCGUCGCACGUUGCAGAUUGCAUUCCGGUGCUAUGAUCAAUAUGCGCAGUGGAUGGAAUGGAGAACUAUAUCACCGAGGACUGAUAAGUGUUAUAUCAUUAACAAGUAAGCUACGGUACAUCAUAUUAUAUUUUACGAGUUAUUUGUGUCAAUUUCGUUUUGACAUUUAUUAAUAUUGGUUAUGUCAUCCAACAUGUCAUCCAACAUGGGAACGGGUUGGGCUAUAUUGGGUUCUGAAGGCAGUAUUAUUACUCCUUGUCCGUGCGUCAGUAAAAGGUGUGCCUCGUCACUCUGUUGGGUUCUCGGCAGCAACGAUAGUUGACCGAAUGACUGCUGAUACAUAAGCCAAUUACGUUCGUUCCCUCUGCAUCGCCCCUGCAUUUCCAGUGUGAUUAUUCAGUUUGCACUUGUACGACGACGUGCAGCUAGUCUGCUUGGUCAAGAAAACCAGCCUGUGCAGCGCCGACAGAAUUUUCGGCAAAAAUUCAUCAGUUGAGCUUGGACCGGUUGGACAGCGCAUUGACAAAUCGAGACCUCUAUUUUAUCUUCGAUAAACGCAUCAAAUUUUGAUUUCAAACAAAAAUGGUGAAACGUCAACCAAGUACCGGAAAUUUAUUGCCUAAUCGGUCAAAACCCUUCGAUCAUGGAAUCACAGCCAUCCUCAUCAUCAUUUUCAGUUCUUUUGGCGUGUUUCUUGGAGGAACUAUGACAGGAUUGGCUUUCGGAUACGAAAAAAGAGAAGGAUUUACGUCAGUGGCCGAAGGAUACAAUUUACGAUGUGACAUUGCCGGGAUUAUCUUAUUGGCUACCGGUGGAAUCGGCCUGCUUGUGGCUCUUGUUCUCGUCUCUGUUUUUGGUGUCUGUUCUGAACCGGAAUGGUCUACUUGUGAAAUUUCUCCGAUAGUACCCAGCGUAUCGCACGGCGUCGAAGUCGUCGUUGAUGGAAAUAAUAGCACAUCUGGCGGACGCCGAAACUACUGAAAAAUGUGUUCUUGUUACCGUUCAAUCGUGACCGUUAUCGCAAAAAUGCUUGCCUAUGUUUAAAAAAAAACAUCCCAAUAAUUUAAUUAAUUUAAUUAUACCAUCUUAUUUCUUACUGCCACCAAAUGUAGCGCAAGAAAUGUUAAAUUUCGAAAUUUAAAUAAAAUAAAUGUGAAUGAA